GCCCGCGCCGGGGCGCACUGCACCAGCGGCUUCGGCUUGGUGGAUGUGUAUGCAUGAGUUCUGCACCGAAUGGGCGCAAAAAGCGCCCCAGCCGGUCCACCCGCUCCUCGAUCUUCCAGAUCAGCAAGCCCCCGCUGCAGAGCGGGGAUUGGGAGCGCAGGGGCAGCAACUCCGAAAGCGCCCACAAAACCCAACGAGCCCUGGACGACUGCAAGAUGCUUGUCCAGGAGUUCAACACGCAAGUGGCCCUGUACCGAGAGUUGGUCAUUUCUAUCGGGGACGUCUCUGUCAGCUGCCCCUCAAUCGGGGCGGAAAUGCACAAGACCAGAACCAAAGGCUGUGAAAUGGCUCGUCAGGCACACCAAAAACUUGCUGCCAUCUCAGGCCCGGAAGAUGGUGAGAUCCAUCCAGAAAUCUGUCGGCUUUAUAUCCAGCUGCAGUGCUGCUUAGAAAUGUACACAACAGAGAUGCUCAAAUCCAUAUGUCUGCUGGGGUCUCUUCAGUUUCACCGAAAAGGAAAGGAGCCUGGCGGGGGAACCAAGAGUUUGGAUUGCAAAAUUGAGGAGAGCACAGAAACACCUGCUCUAGAGGACUCCUCAUCAUCCCCUGUAGAUAUUCAGCAACAUUCCUGGCAGGUUUCCACAGACAUCGAGAACACUGAAAGAGACAUGCGAGAAAUGAAAAACCUUUUAAGCAAACUCAGGGAAACUAUGCCUUUACCAUUGAAAAAUCAAGAUGACAGCAGCCUUCUAAAUCUAACUCCCUACCCCCUGGUUAGAAGACGGAAGAGAAGGUUCUUUGGGCUGUGUUGUCUGGUGUCAAGCUAGACAACUCCUCCUGGAACCCACCAUUGUGAAGACCCGAAAAUAUCACAGAACCUGAGGACCUCCAGACAGCUGAACCACAAUUAUUGGUUUUUGACUAUGUUUUCUAUGCUUCCUUAUUACUUUUAUUCACCUCCCCCUACCGUUUUAAAUGAUUUUACAUUUGAAAGCAGCUGCUGUCAAGGGAAAAAAAGAUUCAAAAAGCAGGCUGUUUUUAAAAGGAUUUUUAAAGCUGACAUUGCGCAUGUCUGCUCCAAACCAUACCAUGACAGAUGCAAGAAUUAUGGUUUUUAAAUUAUUUCAAGGUUUUUUUAAAUGUAUUAUACAGAGAAAAAUUAUUUCAUGUAUAAUAGUAUAUCUUUAGCUCUUGCUGUUCUCAUGUGAACAAUUUAUCAUAUAUGAGAGUCUUUAAACAUAGAAAUCUAUCUAAAACUGCAAAACUGUGUUCAAAAAUCCAAUCUAUCAAUAUUAUUAGGAAUAAUAUUAUAACCAAACAUAUACCACCUCACCUAUUGCUUUGUCUGCACUCAUUUACAUUCAGUCUUCCAUUCUGUCGGAAUCCAAGAGCUUCUACAUAAAGAUAUCUUAAUUUAUAAUGCAACAGAAACCAUAUAUGAAACAUAUUUAAAUUUUGUAAAUACACAAUAAUCCUAAUAUCUUCGUACAAUGCAUAUGGGCAACUAAUUUCCUUUCAAUCCAAUGGUGUCUUUUCAGCUUCUUGGAGAAUGAAGUAAUCCAGUUAGAAAAUGGUGUAGUAACAUAUACAAUUACCCUCAAAUGUAAAAUUGAAUAUUAUCACAUUUUGUUCUAAUUGAAAUCUGAAGCAUGAUGUCUGCGCAUCAGCAUAGUGUUAAAUCUUAUAGGGCAUGCUGGAAUUAGCUCAGAUCGUAAAAAUAUUUAACAUUUUACGUUAAUAAAAUCUUUUUAGUUAAGCUAAGCUUGUCUCAUUUAGAUGACUAUGCAGAUAUGACUUUUCCGAUGUGUACUUGGUGUCUUGUCUUAUGCUUAGAAUCUUGAAAGCAGGACACAUUAAGCAAUACUAUAUUUUAGAAAGGAGGAAGCCACAUGCUUUGUUUUUCUGCUCACAGCUCUUUUGCGAUCUUCCUCACUAAACUUGUAACAUGGUACAAAUUGUGUUGUAUUUUCCCCUGUUCUUCCUUGGCCCGUUACCUAAACAGGAUUUCCUAUGGGUUGAAAGAUCAGGCCUUUGGACUUCUCUUCUUGCUUUUCAAAAAUCUAAGGACUCCUCAAGACAGACAAGAGACACAAGUGUCUAAUCCAAUAAAAGGAUGAGCCAGAUGCCUAUCGGUGGUUUAUCCAAGAUGCAUCUUUAAUCCCAACCCUAUACUUUCUCAGUACUUAUGUGCACAGGCAUUUAGAUGUCCAAUAUUUUUGACCCAACAACUAAAUACAUUAAAGCUGUUAGCUUUAGCGAAGAUGAAGAUAGGUGUUUAUGAACUACUGGAGUAAUUAUUGUAUUAGAUUGACCUAUAUGAAAUUGCUGGUAUUUGACUGUUUGACCUACAAAAAUGGCAAUUUCAUAUGGUUCAACCUAAUAUCUGAUGUUGUGGAGAUUAUACUUGGAAUUCUCUUCUAGCUUUUGUGAUCAAAAGCAAAAGGAUUAGAGGGUUGGAAAAGAUCUCAAAAGGCUAUGCGGUCUCUUAGAUCAUACCAGCUGAUUUUUGGCCUUAUUCUUGGAGUCCAGAGUUCUGUUCCAAUGAACUUGUAAUUGACGCAUUGAGGCAUAUAGGUAUGCCUAACUUCAUAUAAAGACGUAUCUUUUUGAAAGUUAUAUGAGAAAAUCACAACUUUCUAAAUCAAAUAUUUGUAAAACAGUUGUUGGAAUAUGCUCUUUAGAGACUCUUAGAAUGAAUACCCCCUUGCAAAGCAGGUAACCACUCCCAGAUUUAUCUGGUCUGCAAACCCUGAUUUCAUAAAUCAGGUCUGACUGAAGUUUCUUAUCUUUUUUGAAUAUGGUUCAUUUUCGUCCCAGGUGGUCAAUUCACUUAAGGUCCAUUGUUUUAGAAAUUAUAAAGCAGCCCAGUUGGGCACGCUCUCAGCUCCCGUCUCUGCCCUCACGCACCUUUACACUAUAUUGAACCCUUAGCUUCAAUCUCAUUCCUAUUAAUUCAUGCAAAGGUAUUAACCGAUAAAUCCAACCUUGGUGUUCAGCACGUUCCUCUAAAUGCUUGACCUAAAUCACUUCUGCUUGGUUAAUUUGGGCUCACUCUCGCCUUAGUCUCGGUAUGAAAGGAACACUUACCUCCUGUGCCAUUGUCCUUUGUACAACUGAAGACUGUUAAUAAAUUCAGGUCUCACCUCCAGGUCUGGGAGGGCUAUGGUAGCUGUUCAUGGAGAUGGGAAUUUGUCUAAUUCCCCAGCUAGGCUUUCCAUAUCUGAGGUAAAUAAAUUCAGCCACCUUAUCUUUUAUUCAUAGUGCCUGUUUCCCAGACUUUGAUUGCUUUUAUAGUUCAUGUGGACACACUCCAAGAUUUAUAGAUCUUCUUUCACUAGCAGGUUCUAAAACGAAUUUCAGCGCUCCAAGUCAUGAUGACCUGCACUGGCUCAUAAUGGCAAUAGAGAGCUCACCACCUCCCACUGGAUACGCCAAUGCCUCUCUUUAGGGGCUGACCCCACUCUCCUCUCACCUACCAAAGGACUUUCUCAGGUGUAGUCCAUGAGAUACAAGUCUACCAUCUCGGCCUCCUGCUGGUAAUUCGCUUCCAGAUUAGCAAUAACACUGAUCUGAUCUCUAGGGGUAAGGAGAAAACACUGAACCCAUUCCAUUGCAUGUCCUCACAUGCUGAAACUGGAAAAGGAUGUCAACUUUUUCUGGUACACCGUCACCCAUUUUACCCCCGCCUAAUUUUAAUAUCCCGUGUUGAUUCAUCGUUUUCUUUUUUCCAGAUUACAGAAGCGAUAUAUGUUCUUUGUGGGAAAUCAGGAACAUACCACCAAGUAUAAAGAAAAUAAAAAUCACCUGAAUCCCACCACAAUCCUAUUGUUUAAAACCACAACUCCAGGCUUUAAGUCAGUCAGUGGCGGGGCCCAGAGGCACUUGUGGAUAAGGUAUCUGAGCGAAUGCCCACAGGGCCGAGGUAUCACUUUAAAAUACCUGUCCCCUGAUGUCUUGCACGCCUCUAGGAACAGAUCGACUGCAAAAUUCUGGUUGAGCCAUUGUUCAAGGGUACAAAGAAGACUUUAGAAGUAGCACAGCCCUGAUGCCUCCUCUCAAGAAAGCUCUUAGGGAAAUUCUAAAACCUGCCAGAUGGUUUUCUUCUUCGGUGCUCCUAUAACGGUUGGCUACUUACUGUAGGGCAAUACUGCCACCUACCGGAUGCUGAGCUUUAGAAUAAGAAGGGAAAAUAAAUGCACAGAGUGUAAAGGCAGCUCAUUUAUUUUAGACAGCAAACAAUGGGCCAGAUUAACAAUAUCCCGUAUAGCACUCAGAUUCUGGAAGUCUCAAAGUUGAAAGGAUUAAGAAUAUCAUCCAGACUCACUUCCCUUGCCACACGCAUAUACCUAAGCACUGUCUAUCAUUUCUUUGUGUUCUAGAACGUCACCAAAUGCAAAAUGCUCAGCUUUCAGAUGACUAUAGAUAGGAUGAGGAAAACCAGUGAUGCUAUUGGCCUGUAAUAAAUCAUUAUAAUUAAAUAUAAAGAUCAGAAAUAAACCCAAGAACACAGAAGCAUUGAGUGCAUUAUAAAGAUGGUGUUUCAAAUCUGUGGGAAAAGUUUGGAUUACUUAACAACUAGGGAUGAUUGGUUGGCUAAUUAUUGGGGGAUAUACUAGAUCUAUACCUCAUAACUUCCAUCAGAAUAAAUUCUAGGUGAAGUUAAGAUUUAGACGUUAAAACACAUAAGCACAUAAAAGGACCAACAGGCAAUAUUGACAAAUAUUUACAUAAUUUUACUA